GCCGCAGCGCCAUUCUGGUCGCCAGCGGUGCUUCUCAGAAGAAAUCGGUGACUGCUGAUCUUUGGUCACACUGAGGAGGCUUUCCCUGAUGCCUGCGCUUCCCACUAUGCUUCCCCUGUCCACGGCGGGCCCUUCAUCUCCCUCGGCGCGCAGCAGCGUGAGCAUCUCGAGCAGCGCAUACACGCACACCUCCUCGGCGAGAGGCGGCUUCGCACGAGGCGGCAGCUCCAGCUUCAUGAUGCCCUACCUGUCCCAGAGCCCUCCCCACCGCUCAGAGUACUUCAGGCGGAUCUUUUCGGUCGCCCAGAUGGACCUCGAGUACACCUUCGCGCAGAUGGUUUAUCUCAUCAUCUCGCCUCGCAAGGCCUACCAGUUCGACUCGUAUCGCAAGCAGACCAAGAAUCAGUGGGCGAGGGACGACCCGGGGUUCGUUGUGGUGCUCGGCUUCUUUCUCGUCAUGAGUGGCCUCGCUUAUGCGGCCGCUUUCCGGCUGUCGGGGGUGCGCUUCCUCGUUGCCAUGUUCCUGCCGCUGGUGUACUUUCUGGUGGUGGGUGUGGUGAUGGCCAGCGCUUCCUGGUUCCUGGCGAACAAGUAUCUGCGGCACUACUACUCGUUCCACGCGGCUGAGCAGACAGUCGAGUGGAUGUAUGCGUUCGACAUCCACUGCAACGGCACGCUGCUGGCCUUCCUGAUAUCGCUGGUGCUGCAGUACCCCUUCCUGCCUCUGCUGCUGCCCAAGGGGUACCUGCCGGCCAUUGUGUGCAACACGAUCAACGGCGUGGCGGUGUUUUACUACUUCAAGCUGACGAUGCAGGGAUACAACCAGCUGCCGUUCAUCGAGCAGGCGCAGUACCUGUUCGCCCCGGUGCCCGUCCUGUGGCUGCUGCUCGUGGUGCUGUCGUGUCUGGGCAUCAACUCAACCAGAUAUCUCGUCUACUCGUUCGUCGGCCUGCUGGCGUGAAGAGGAGGGGCAUCGAUCGCGAGAGUGUGAUAGUGUUGUGAGAAGAUGGUGUGUUGGGGGGAUGCCAUAUGUACGCUGGACGGCUUGCUUUUUCCUGUUAUAUAUACACACUCAUUCUGUCGCCGGACCCGCCAGAUCAGAUUGUGCAAUGAAUGAAUUCGUCAUGGCCGAUUAGUCAUCGGUCUUAAGACCACACAGGUCGGUCAAGCAAGG